AUGAAUAACAAAGGAAACCCCAAACAUCAGUACCAAGAAGGCAAACCCCAGCCCCACUCGGAGGCUGUGAAGGCAGAGGAAGCCGGCAGGUGGACUCCGAAAGCCCUCAUAGGAGGUGAGCCUCUUCCUGUGGCGGCCACACACCAGCACAGCCCGUGGAGGAGCCUCUUCUUCUUCUUCCUCUUCUCUCCCAUCCCCAGGACUGUCUGGCCUGGCAAGAUGAAGUGGAGGAGGAUCGCCAUCCUUGCCACCCUGCAGGCCCAGCUCCCAGCCACAGAUGCUGCAUCAGUUCUUGGCCUCACAGAUCCCAGGCUCUGCUACGUGCUGGAUGGAUUCCUCUUCAUUUAUGCAGUGGUCAUGACAGCCCUUUUUGUGAAGGCCAAGCUCAGCCGGGCCUCUGAACCACAGCUGCAGGCCGGCCAGGAUGACGUGUACAACAAACUAUCCCGCGGGCGCAGAGACGAUUACGAUGUUUUGGGAGGAAAGCGAGGAGCAGACCCCGAGCUGGGCGGGAGACACCAGCAGAGGAGAAAGAACCCUCAGGACACUGUCUACACUUCACUGCAGAAGGACAAGAUGGGUGAGGCAUACAGCGAGAUUGGAAUGAAGGGAGAGCAGCAGAGGCGGCGAGGCAAAGGCAAUGAAGGUCUCUACCAGGGGCUCAGUGCAGCAACCAAGGACACUUAUGAUGCUCUCCAAAUGCAGCCUUUGCCCCCUCGCUAAGUGGGAGCCUCAGAGGGGAUGGGCAACAGUGAGAGAUGCCCACCUGCCUUGGGGAGGAGAGGGGGGAAAGCCUUUUUCAUCCGACACAAGCACUGUGUGUUUUCUGUGUGCAAGAACCGCCUCGGGUUGGUGCACAGAAUCUGGACCUGGCCUUUUCCUUCUCUUUCUCCUCCUGAAUUAAGCAACUGCUUCUGCUAUUAGAAUGUACAUAUCUGUAAAGUUGUUUCCAAUUAUAGUGGGUAUUAGGCUGAUUUUUUUCUUUGGUCCGGUUUGUGUUGUGAAGACCAGACCACACCUUCUAACAAACACAGCUAUUUCCAUAGGUCUUCUUUGUCUUCCAGAGUAUUAAGACAUGGAAUUACGGCUUUAUUGCAUUUAAACAAUUUGCAAAGAUGUACAGUAUUUACUGUAUUUACUUCUUGUAGUAUUUAUCUUAAGACUAUUCCACCCUUUUUGCUUUAAAUUUGCCUUUAAAAAACUGCUUCAGUGGAGGGCAACUUUUUUUCUUUAAUUAUAAAGAGUGACAGGAUGUUACAGUAGUGAAGCAGAGAGGCUGAAUGCCAACCUUCCAGCAGGAAGAAAAUGAGCACCAAUAUCCAAAAAAAGAUCAAGCAAUGGCACUGCCACUCAUCCAUAAAUAUGAGCCAGGUAAGCUGAGUGAGAGACUUCUCUGAAGGCAGAAAAACAAAGAAAACAAGGAGAUGGGUUCCCCUCUUAUCACUUCCAGACAACAAACUGUACAAAAGCCAACAUAAAUGCAGUUUCCUACCCAGUCUCUCAUGAGGCUGCCUCUAAAAGGUGCAGGUAUCAUUCCAAGGAGGUACCAGCUCAAUAAUGUCAUGUGUUUUUGAUGAAUUAAUAAAACAGUGCCACAGUCCCACGUGUGUGUAGGGAGCAGCAGUGGGAAUGGCACGAGCUCCUUACCUGAGGCAUUCAGCCUGUCUGCACCACCCUGCACAAGGCAGCACCGUCUCCCAGGGAAGCUGAGGAGGACAGGAUUCAACAGGAGCUCCUACACACAUCCAAAGGGACACUCACCUCCUGCUGCUGCAGCCUCAGUUCUGCUUGUGCCUCGCAAGGCUGCACAGGGAAGCCUGGAGGAAUUCAGCAUGGCCAAAUCCAGCCCAGCAACAUCAGGAGUGUUUCACCUCGACUCAGGAGCUGACCAAGUCAUCUCACCAGUCCUCACAGAAGAAGGAGAGCUAAAGCAAGGCUGUGGGAACAAGAGCUGCUGCUCUGGGUGCUGGCCAAAUGAGGUUAUGUCUUCUUUCCAGGGACUGGGUGGGUUUGCAGCAGAAAAACUUGCUGAAAUGGGUGCUAUGCAAGUUUCAAGGCAGUUUUACUCCUUUAAGCAGUAAAACUGUACCUGCAGUAGGUGCUUGUAGCUUUUAAAGAAUAUUUGCAAUAAAUUAAAGCAAAAGAAAAGUAAA